GCAGGCAGCGAGACAGUUUAUGACAUCGCGAAUCGUCUGAAAAUCGAACCGGACGAAGUGGAUCCAGCUCUAGCCAGGGCCUGCGUCGUGCGCGGUUCCGAACUCAGAGACAUGACACCAGCCAUGCUUGACGACAUUUUACGGAACCAUUCCGAAAUCGUGUUCGCCCGCACCUCGCCCCAGCAGAAGCUGACCAUCGUGGAAGGUUGCCAGCGUCUGGGCGCCAUCGUGGCUGUGACCGGCGAUGGAGUCAACGAUUCCCCCGCCCUCAAGAAAGCUGACAUCGGGGUGGCCAUGGGUAUUUCUGGAUCGGACGUAUCGAAGCAAGCAGCCGACAUGAUCCUGUUGGAUGACAAUUUCGCCUCCAUCGUGACCGGAGUGGAAGAAGGUCGGGUGAUCUUCGACAACAUGAAGAAAACGGUUGCAUACACCCUCACGAAAAACAUUCCCGAGCUUGCGCCGUUCUUGCUUUUUAUCGUUGCUUCCGUGCCACUGCCUCUCGGGACUGUCACUAUCCUGUGCAUCGACUUGGGGACUGAUUUGCUCCCGUCCGUCGCACUCGCCUACGAAAAAGCCGAGCCGGACCUGAUGCAACGGCAGCCCAGGAAUCCCUUCACGGACAAUCUGGUGACCGAUCGACUGGUUUGCAUGUCGUACUUCCACGUCGGGAUCAUGCAGAUCGGGGCGGGAUUCCUGGCGUAUUUUAUGAUCAUGGCGCAGAAUGGGUUCAGGCCUUCCAGGCUGUUCGGGCUCCGGCGGCAUUGGGACUCCAAGGCGAUCAACGAUCUGGAGGAUUCGUUUGGCCAGGAAUGGACGUACAAUGAUCGCAAGGUCUUGGAAUACACGUGUUAUACCGGGUUCUUCGUCGCGAUCGUGAUCGUGCAAUGGGCGAAUCUCAUCAUCUUGAAGACGCGACGAAACUCGUUGUUCCAGCAAGGAAUGACGAAUUGGGUGAUGAACUUCGCUCUCGUGUUCGAGACGGCCGUGGCCGUUUUCAUGUGCUACACACCUGGUAUGGACAAGUUCCUCAACAUGCACCCGCUCAAAUUCAUUUGGUGGUUGCCUGCCUUGCCCUUCUCCGUUCUCAUCUUUGCUUACGACGAGCUUCGAAAGUACCUGAUUCGACGCAGCCCGGGCGGAUGGGUCGAGAGAGAAACGUAUUAUUGACGAGGAAGAUUUUGAAUUUCAUCCAUUCGCGCAGGCUUUUCUACAGAGGUGAUGCGAUUCGGGGCGCAUCGUCGCUGACCCCGCCCCGCCCCGCCUCCUCAGACCUCACGAAAUUUGACAAAUGGUUUUCCUUUUCUUUGUGGGACUCUUGCCCCGUGCCCCCCCUCGUCGAUAUGCAAACUGCAGCUCCGGUCCCUUGAAUAAUUGCUCAAUUGCUCGCACGAGGUCUGGAGGAAUAAGAUGUUAACGAAUCGACGGAACCUUUUUAGAAGUAAUUGUAUCGCGUUCCCGUGCCACGACCAUUUCUCUUUUGGUUUGUCCGUUCCUGCUGCUGCUCUCGACUCGAAUUUGGUUCUUGAUGAGCAUGAAAAGAUCUGAGAAAAAGACUUUUGUAGCAUAUUUUAUGACAGGAGCUCGGCCUUUUUCAUUUCACCCCGUCCCCUUCUCUCCGAGAGAGAGAGAACGUCUUUAUGAAGUGGAUCGGCCGACUUGGAAGUUUGCAUGGCGUCGUCUUGCCAUCUAGAAGAUGGGAUCGAAUCUUGCGAGGUUAACCCUUUCAGUCUUGAAUCGCUAUCGGAAUUA